AUGGCAGUAACUUACGAUGACGACGAAUUUGGUCUCAGCUCCGCAGAUGAAGCUGAGUUCGUGGCCUUGGCGGACAGCGUAGCUGCGAAACAUACCAACAAACGGAAAGCCUCUAAUGGCGAGCUUCCACCCGCAAAGAAAUUAGCGAUCGAUCCUAAAGCAAUUGCUCUAGCUACCACUGCCUUAACUCGGGAUUUUGCCAUGAAAGAGUUUCGUUUGAAGCAGAAACAAGUUAUAUCAUGGAUUCUUAAUGGCGGCAGUGCAGCUGUGGUCUUUCCCACUGGUGGGGGAAAGAGCUUAACUUUCCAAGUGCCGGCGGUUGUUUUUUCCGAGCUGGACGCUCUCAAUGAUACUCGUCACGAAGGAAAUUCUGGACUGACUUUGGUUGUCUCGCCAUUAAUAGCACUCAUGAAAGACCAAGUCGAUUCACUCGUCCGUCGCGGCAUUAAAGCAGCCGCCCUGGACUCAACAAAGACUCGCGAUGAAUAUCUUGAAACCUGCCGGAUGCUUCGAGAUGGAGAGUUGAAGAUAUUAUACUGCGCCCCGGAAAAAUUAAACAACGAAGGUUUUGUGGAGCAGAUGAAGUAUGUCCGUGGAGGUAUUCGCCUUCUUGCAGUGGAUGAAGCUCAUUGUAUAUCUGAAUGGGGCCAUGCUUUUCGUCCAGAUUAUCUGAAGAUCGCAAGAUUUUCCCAGGAAAUCAAGGCUGAGAGGGUUAUAUGUCUCACGGCUACCGCCACGCCGCGUGUUGCCAGUGAUAUUUGCAGGUCUUUCAAUAUUGAUGAGACCGAAGGCCUAUUUCGAACGUCGACAUACCGAAAGAACCUCAAAUUACUUGCAGAAUCAGGCCGCACCAAGCAAGAUCUCUACCCGAAGUUGUUCGGAUUUCUUCGAACCCAUCCCGGGCCUUCGAUUGUCUAUGUUACCCUCCAGAAGCAAACCGAGUUCCUUGCAGCUGAUUUAAGGAGCCAGGGGUUCAAAGCCAAGGCGUUUCAUGCUGGUAUGGACACUUCGGUGAAGACUCAGCUACAGGACGAGUUCAUGCGAUAUGAUGAUCUUAUAAUCGUUGCUACGAUUGCUUUUGGUAUGGGAAUCGAUAAACCGAAUAUUCGCAAUGUUGUACACUUCAACAUUCCCAACAGUCUUGAGUCGUACAGCCAAGAAAUUGGGAGAGCUGGAAGAGAUGGGAAAGCCAGCCAUUGCAUGUUUUAUGUCUGCGGAGAAGAUCUUCAUUUACGUGAGAUUUUCGCUCGUGGGGACCUCCCGUCCAAGAAAUCAGUUCGCAGGCUUCUGGAUGAUAUUUUCGACCCGACAAUGAUGCAAUUACCUGUUGGAGGCGAGAUCCAGCGCAAUCAUAUGUCCCAGGGAAAAGACUUUGAUAUACGGUCCACCACACUCGCGAACAUAUAUGCUCAGCUUGAACUGACCCAUCAACUUCUAAGAGCAACAACUCCCAUGUAUACCAAGUACUCGUACAAGGCUGGUAGCCAGUACACGUCACCAUCUGGUGGAGUUGGUUCUGAUAAAUCCCAAGCGGCACAAGCUAUUAGAGCUUAUGGAAAGCGGGCAUCUACCCUUUAUCAUAUUGAUGUGAGCGCUGCCUCCUCGGCCUUGAGGUUACCUAGAGUAGACAUCGUCAAGAAGUUGAAUGAAUGGAGUGAAGCAGGCCACAUUGAGUUAAGGCCUGGAGGUGUCAUGCAUGUCUACAAGAUUCUCAGGCCGAUACGGUCUGCAGAAAUUGAAAAGCUCACCACAGAAAUCUAUGAUCUUAUGGAACGACGUGAACAGGAAGCACUAGCCCGCACUGAUCAAAUGCUAGAGCUUAUUACGGACCGGAAAUGCUUUUCACUUGCCCUGGCCCAACACUUUGGAGACGAACUGCCUGGUAGGGAGGAAGAGUGUGGACAUUGCACCUGGUGCAUGACCCAUGUUCAAGUUUUACAGGAAGUGCCUCCUCCGGUCGAAUUUAAUAUGUCCGCUUUUAAGACCGUAUUAUCGAAAAUCCCUGAUAGAGAUGAUCCGAGGCUCUUGGCCCGUAUUGCGUUUGGGAUCGCCAGCCCGAGAGUUACGUCGAUGAAACUUUCGAAAGAAAAGAUUUUCAUGUCCAUGGCUGAUCACAGGUUUAUGGUAUGA